AUUUAUCCAAUUAAAAUUUUAAAUAUUUACCAUUAAAAAAACACUUUCAAUUUAAGUGGAAAGCAACCAGAUUAAAUUGACAAAGCGUGUUGCAAACAUAUUUCAUGCGAGUAAAUUUAUUGUGAUGUGCAGAAUUAUGAUAGAACACGAACGAAAUGAUUUGUGUGGUUCAAUAGACAUGUAGAGAUGAAUCACUCGCUAUAUUGCAUUUUGCUAGUGUCCUAGUGUUAUAUGUGCGUGAUAAAACGCCCCCUUUUUUCGUUAGCCAAAUAUUCAGAGACAGCGACAGCAGCCAAAAAACGUAGAAAACUCGAGGGGAUAUAACUAACAUUGUGACGUUUCGGUUGUAUAUAUGUGCAUAAGUCGUCUAUAACAAUGAAAUUGCCUACGUUUAGUCUUAACAUAUUCAAGCGACCGACGAAAAAGAAACGCAUUAUUACAACAUUCGGAAAACGUGGUUCGUCGGCAUCUUCGUCGGCACGCAAAAAUCGACGUUCGUCUUCUUCGACCCGAAAAUCGCGUAAACGCAGCAUCACAUACUAUGCACCAUCAAAAUCAAAAUUCUAUCCAACCGAAUAUUUUCCAUCAUUGCAACAAACGUCUAGACAACAAGCAGCAACUGUUGAGACUACACCACUGGCAAUUCAAUCAUAUCCAACUGAACUGCCGCACACCGUCUCCACCGACAACGAUUCGAAGCUCACUAGCUAUUUAACAACGAAUGGAACACUUCGAUCGUAUACGGCGAAACAAACAUAUUUGUGUGAUAAUGACUAUGGUGACAUCGUUUUACAUCAACCGCCAGCAUGGUAUAUGCAAUCAAAACCACAUCAAGACAACUACCAAACACAAACAACACUCACAAAUAGUAAACAUAAUACGAGAGAUGGUUCACAUUUUACUCAACAUCAGGUUAAAUUGUACUCAAACGCCGCCAUUGAUUCGAAUGGGAAUUUACUUUAUGAUGACAAUUGUUUGAAUAAUACGUAUGGCCGUGCCGUGUAUCCAAAAGAAUGUAUGCAAGGUGUGCCGUCGUCAAUUCCAUCAAUGGCUAAUGCCAUUCCACUCAAUGAUUCGAAUAUUAAAUACAAUACAUCUGAAUUGCACAGACAAUCUCAGCAUAAUUUAUUACCAUCGAGCGUGACAACCGCAUACAAUAACACGGUUUUUAGUUCGUCAAAUAAUACAACAAAUGCCAAAUGCCCACCAAAUACAAUCAAUAGUUUUUAUAAUGCAUACCAAACGAAUGCCAAUCAAUUAUCAUCAAUCAAUUUACAGCGCAUCAAUUCGCCAAAUUAUAAUGCCAUUUUUCCAUUUAAAAAGAAAUCAGAUCGACAUCAUCGUCGUCGAAAGGGUGAUCGAACAACAUGGGAAUAUCACACUGUAUCUGUGACUCGUGUAACCGGCUAUGGAUUUGGCAUUGCGGUUAGCGGAGGCCGUGAUAAUCCACACUUUGUCACCGGCGAUCCAGCGAUAGCCGUUAGUGAUGUUUUGAAAGGUGGACCAGCAGAAGAUAAAUUAUUAGAAAAUGACCGAAUAAUAUCAGUGAAUGGUGUAUCGUUGGAGAAUGUUGAUUAUGCAACGGCUGUUCAAGUUUUGCGCGACAGUGGAAAUACGGUAACAUUGGUUAUAAAACGGCGUGUAACUAAUAUGGGUCUAUUAACCAGUGCAAGUACGGGACCACCAUUAAACAGCAGUGCAACACACAAUCAUCAGCAUUCAAACAGUUUGGUUAGUUCGACUGGUCUCAGUGGUGGCAACAUUGGCAAUAAUAGUUCUGGUCAAGCCAUUAAAUUGGUAUUGACAAAGCCAAAUAAAAAAGAGGAUUUUGGCAUUGUUCUGGGAUGUCGACUAUUUAUCAAAGAAAUUUCGGCAAAAGCUCGUGAUCAACUCAUUGCAAAUGGUUAUACAUUGCAAGAGGGCGAUAUCGUUACUCGAAUUCACAAUACAAACACAAAUGAUGCGAUGAGUUUAAAAGAAGCGCGUAAAGUUAUCGACAGUUGUAAAGAGCGUUUGAAUUUAGUGGUUUUACGUGAUUUGAAUACACCAACAGUUGCGCCCAACAAUACAACGUAUGGUCAUACGGCUCAAGUGUCAAGCUGCAGUAAUCCAGAGGAAACAUUUUAUAAUGGAAAUACAAGCGGUUAUUCAACACAAAAUCUAUAUGUUCAACCGCCAACACGACCAUCUGCCACUUCGCCACUUUCGACAAAUUCCAAUGCAUCGCCCGACGAUAAAAACAAUCUAACGCCACGCGGACGUUCACGCGGUCCAAUCGUUGAUGGGCCAAUGAUGCAAUUGGACAAACCAAAUUCACCACAAGUAUUACAUUCACGAAAUCGCAGCAUUAGCGGUGACAAUACAUCCGAAGAUUUUUACAGUUCACGACGUCAACUGUAUCAGGAGGAUCCAUUACAAAGAACAAAACAACCAAGCGAGCCUCGAUUCAUUUCAUUCCAAAAAGAAGGAAGCGUUGGCAUUCGAUUGACAGGCGGCAAUGAGGCCGGUAUAUUUGUUACAGCCGUGCAACCCGGGUCAGCAGCAUCAAUGCAAGGCUUGACGCCUGGCGAUAAAAUUCUCAAAGUCAACGAUAUGGAUAUGGCCGGCGUGACACGUGAAGAGGCCGUUUUAUUUUUACUCAGUUUACAAGAUCAAAUCGAUUUAAUAGUGCAACAUUGCAAAGAUGAAUAUGAAAAUGUGGUUUCAAGUCAACGAGGCGAUUCGUUUCAUAUAAAAACACAUUUUCAUUGUGAUACACCGACGAAAGGAGAAAUGGCAUUUAAAGCUGGUGACGUGUUUCGUGUCGUUGAUACAUUGCACAAUGGUGUGGUCGGUUCAUGGCAAGUGUUACGCAUCGGUCGAGGUCAUCAAGAAAUGCAACGUGGUGUCAUUCCGAAUAAAUCGCGUGCGGAAGAGUUGGCAACGGCACAAUUCAAUGCAUCAAAGAAAGAAAUGAACGCCAGCGAAUCAAGAACCAGCUUCUUCCGACGACGACGUUCAUCCUCACAUCGACGAUCAAAAUCAUUGUCACGCGAAAAUUGGGAUGAUGUCGUAUUCUCCGAUUCAAUUUCGAAAUUCCCGGCCUAUGAACGUGUUGUUCUACGACAUCCAGGCUUUGUGCGACCGGUCGUUUUGUUCGGUGCAGUCAGUGAUAUCGCUAGAGAACGAUUGAUUAAAGAUUUUCCAGAUAAAUUCACAGCACCAUUGCAAGCAGACGAUAAAUCAUCGACGGGAAAGAGUGGCAUUAUUCGAUUGUCAAAUAUACGAGAUAUUAUGGAUCGUGGCAAACAUGCACUGCUCGAUAUAACACCGAAUGCUGUUGAUCGUUUGAAUUAUGCACAGUUCUAUCCGAUUGUCAUUUUCUUGAAAGCAGACACAAAGCAUACAAUCAAACAAUUGCGUCACGGAUUACCGAAAUCAGCUCACAAAAGCUCCAAAAAAUUAUUUGAACAAUCACAAAAAUUAGAUCGCAUUUGGUCCCAUGUAUUUAGCAAUACAAUCGGUUUAACCGACACUGACACAUGGUAUCGUAAAUUACGAGACAGCAUCGAUCAACUGCAAAGCGGAGCCGCUUGGAUGAGCGAAAACAAGCCCCUUGAAUCCUUGUCCGAUGAUUUCCUAUUCCCAAUGAAUACGUCUCGCUUAUCAUAUGCAUCGAGCCCAGAGUCUGAUAUUGAAAUGAGCUCUGGCCCAACCAAUUCCCUAUCUAUGGGCAAUUUACCGCAAUUGGUGAAAGCUAGUUCUGAUCCAUCAAUCGCCACUAAUCAGGAAAAUUUGGAACGUGAUGUUGAGCUGAAUAAUUUGGGUGAUGGAUUGAUGCCGCCUCCAUACACGAAUCCAUACAAUAAAUUCAACUUCAGCGGAACCGAAGAAUUAACAACCGAAGCAGUUGCAACGCACGAUAAUGCACUGAUGGCAAAUAGUCGUGAUUCAACACUUUUACUUGGUAACGCUCCCGAUCUACCGCCUCGAAUCGAUCGAGCAUCGAAGCCACCCAACAAUAUAACACCAUCAUCUACACUCCUGACAACGGCUGGUGCCCGAAAUUCGAUGGGCCUAAAUACAAGCAAUAGCCGAAAUGGUACUUAUGGCCGAUCAGCGCACGAACAAUUAUUUGGUGAUGCAAACUCACCGUUGACAACGGCAUUGUCGGAUGCAGCACCAGUCUAUGAAGACGAAUACAGUACACGAAUCAAUCCACCAACUGAUAAACGUGGCAGUUUGAAUGCCAGUUCACUCGAUCGCAAACAGAGCAAUCAAUUAUUGGAAAAGAGUCAUCGAUCGUCGUCGAACUCAACGACACCAGCAAAUGGUAAAACAAAUGGUUCAUCUUAUGACAGCGUUUCAAGCUAUGAUUCAUGCAAUGCUGCCAUGCAAAGUCUUCGACUGGGUCCCAACGCUCCUGACGACUUGAAAUCUGUACCAAACGUUGCCGUUCGAAAUGUAUUGCCAUCAUCAAAUGAAACACCAGUCACAUCACCACGCCAUAGCAUUCAUCAUUCGGAUUCAAUAAAUAGUCGUUCACCGCAUGAUCAUUCGAGAAAUAUGUCCAACACAAACGAUCUUAAUAAACAAAACAGUACAGCAAGACAACUGUACAGCGAUACACGGAACAUGGGUGCGGAUCCAAGAACAUUAUCAGCUGAAAGACGGCCGGGAAAUAUUCCGUUGCCACAUCGACCAAUGAAUCUUGGUCUUGACAUGGCACCGCCAAGAAAAUUACCACAACCUUUGCUAGAAACAAAAACUGAUUACGGCAAAUACAGUCGAAAUCAUUCAAUGUCACAAGCCGAUUAUGAUCGUACACCGAAAUCUCCAUUACAACACCAUCAUUCGUCGGUACAAAAUGGAAAUAUGCCAUUCAAACCGGUACCACCGCCGAAACCCAAAAACUAUCGACCAAUGGUUCCAAGCAAUGGAAAUGGAACCAAUGGAAAUAUGCCAUCAAAUCAAUGGGACACAACGGAUGGUUCACGAAAUCAAAAUGGAUACUACUAUCCACCGUCACAAUCUCAUUAUCAUCAACAACAGUCUCAACCUCCGCAUUUGCCUCAACCGCCAAUUCCAUCGAAUCAUGGACCACCAAUUCAUGCUUACAAUCACAGUUCAUAUCCAUAUGGCAGUAUGGCAAGUGCAAAUGGAAAUGGCCAUUACUCGAGUCAGCAAAUGCAACAACCACAAUCACCCUACAUGGGUGUACCAAGCGGUGGAUACAAUAAAGGCCAAUAUAAUGCCGGUCCACAUAUUCAACGCGCACCAAUUUAUGACGGAAAUAUGCAACCACCAACACAUCAAUCGUUGGACUUGGCUGGAAGUCGCGAACAACGAGGUUCUGCGUUUGAAUUGUACAGAAAACCUCAAAUAGGAAAUAUGCCAAUCCAUCAUCAUAAUAUUCGCGAAUGGCAACAACACGAGCAACAACGAUAUCCAACGCAUCAACAGUAUCAAUAUCCGUAUGGAAGAUAUCCAAUGGAAGAGGAUGCCUAUGGCCCACCGAAAUUGCCGCCAAAAUCAUUUAAAAAGAAAUACAUUAAGGCGCCAUUGGCAGCAAUUAAAAAUGCUUUAGUAAAAACAAAAAAACAAUUACAACGACAGGGUAGUAUGAGUGAACAUGAUGGCAGCCCAAAAAUGUCAUCAGGUUUACGGCGUCAACAUUCGAUGAUCGAACAAAGAUCGUCAACAAGAUGGAGAUCACCAGAAUUUGAGUAUCAACAACAAUAUUAUGAUCAAGGACAACGGCCAUAUGAUGAUCAAUAUUACGAUGAACGCGGUGGUUAUGCGAAUCAUCAACAAAUUUACGACGAUUAUGCGAAUAAACAGCGAAACUAUUAUGAACAAGAAAAUUUAUAUGCCAAUCGAGCUUUGAUUGAAUUUGAGAGAAAAGCGUCUGAAAAUCAAAUGCCAUACUCAACAAAUACCGGAACUCGCAUUGUGAGACGACACAGUAUGGCCGAUCGAACGGCUCGUGGUACAGCACGUUAUCCAAUGCAACGUCCGGGUCGAAUGACACCAAAUCCAGCCGAUGAUAGAAUUGAACGAGAAGAAAUUUAUCAAACUCGUAGCGGCGCAUUUAUGAUGCAACAGACAAAUUUACCAUCAAAUCGAGCACCAUCACGUAUGUCGCAGGGUCGUGAUGAGGAGGCAAUUUAUCAGAGUCGCCGUGAAAUGCAUUUGGAUCAUUUGUAUCAGAGUAAACGUGAAAUGCAACAGCGUAUACAUCAAGGUCGCAUGGAAGUUGAACGAACGGCACAUUCAGAGUCACCGUCAUCGUCAUCAACACCCACAACUCCGGUGCAUUCCGAUCAUUUAUCAUCACCAUCAAGAGAUAUGAUCUAUCAAAGUCGACGUGAAUUGAAAGAAAAAGGAUUCAAAACAAGAACACAAUUACGUGAUCGAAUCUAUCAAUCGCGACAGGAGGCUAUGGAAUCAAUGUCAGAACCGAUUUAUUUGAAACGUGUGGAAGUUCAACGACAUCAGGAGCCAAUCAUUUAUGAAGGCAAAGAGAGUGAACACAUCGAUCAAACUCCUGAAGAGAUAAAUCGAUCAACUCCCCAAUCUCAAUCGCAAAUUCAAAAUGAUUCCGUUGAUGUCGUAACACCAAAAGAUCCACAAAUUCAACGCAUUGCACAUACGUUGAUUGCACCGGUUAUUGCAAAUCAAAAUAGUUGUAACUCAAGCGGUUUAGAUGACGACGAUACAGUAAAUAGUUCAAAUCAAUCUGGUUUACAAAAAACAGUCAUACCGUCUGAAACCGUUCAAUGCGAAGAGAAAAUUGUGAAAGACGAAACAAAAUCCAUUGAUACAGAGGUUCAAAUUCAUUCACCGAAACCACCACGAGGUGACCCAACUCACAUUUCGAAUGUUAUGAAAAGAGUCGGUCCAAUGACAAAAGAUUCGCAGAAAACAAAAACAAUCGGUGGACCAUCAUCACAUGAAAAUGUUUUAGCCAGUCGAACUUCGAUCGAAACACAGUAUACAUCGUCGAUGGCUAGUUUACCAACUGGUCCACCGGUCGCACAGAGUACGCCGUAUGCUAGCGAAGCAGCUCUUGAAAGUCAUACAUUUUAUCCACCGGUACGCGAACAAACUACCACUCGCGGCAUUUUCGAUGAAAAUGGUGGCAUACUUUCCGAUCAAAUAUGGAAUGUUUCGAUUGAUAUUCCGCCCGGAGCACUUCCCAAAGGCAUCAAACAAGAAAUUUAUUUCACUGUCACUGAUCCACGAAUGAGCCAAUCCGUCGGUGGUCCUCCGCUCGAUGAAUUGAACGGUGAAACGAUGCUUUCUCCUCUUGUGAUGUGUGGUCCUCAGGCAUUAGAAUUCCUUGUUCCAGUUACGUUGAAUAUUCCUCAUUACGCUAACAAAACAGCAUCGUUAGGAUUAUCGUUGAAAGCAACGGAUAGCGAAAAGAAUUUAGAAACCAAUUGGGAUAAUAUUGAAUUGCCAAGCAAUACGGCCGCUCACACUGUAUCUGUCAAAAUUGACCACUUUUAAAUGCUUCAAUACAUUUGUAAAAUUUAAUUUUAUUUAAACAAACACUGAUUUCAACAUUAUUAUUGGCAACAAAAAAUUACAUAAUUAUUUCGUAUGUAUUUUGUUAUUAUUCAUUUAUAUUGUAAUUAUAAAAAUGGACGAGCCUUCUUUCGUCGCUAGAUUAUAAGCAAACGAAUUCGAGCAAACACUUAUUCAAUGUAUCAUUAUCGUUUAACUUUUUUUGAGUAUUUGAACUGUGUAUUAUUGUAUUAGUUAAUCGAAAAUCGAAAAAAAUAUAUAUUUAAAUUGGAAUCGAAAGAAAAAAAAUGUAUCAAAACGUUGGAGAUAAUAAUCGAAAUGACUAAAUAAUAUAUGUAUCUUUGCAUUGUUUUAAUAAAAAUAAGUGUG